AUGAGCGCUGCGGCACCUGUCCUUUCCACUAAGGUGGAUAAAUACGAGCAGGUAUUAGCCAAGUAUGAUUGGCGAUCGCCGUUCCCACCGCGUGGAUACCAAUAUGGUAUCGGCCGUGGUGCAAAGGCAUUCAUCACUUCAGCAGAGUUAAGUGCGACGACGGGCGUCUCUGCCCCGCUGUUGGCGUUAGGUGGUGAGCAGAGUGCCAUGCUUGAUGCGCUUGAUCGUCUCGAGGAGCGCCGUCACAAGCGUAGGAGGGAGGAUGUGAAGGGUGGAGCCACAUCUCGUGAGGGUAAGAAACCAAAACUCUUGCUUUCGAUGGAGGAUAUCGCAACAGUGGGAAGUGGUGCUUCCAAUCAAUCACUGGUGAAACGCAAGGCGCGUACAGAAGAUAUGGACGUUGUGGACGGAUACGCUUUCGAUGAUGAAACUGCCGUGGUGACAGCAAGUGAUCUAUUGCGUGGCAGAGCCCUCGCAGCGAAUCAGACGCUGGAAAAUAUUCUUAACAUGGGCUCUUCAUCGGAGCAAACGACGUGGAUUACACAUUCUCGCGCACUCCGUGAAAUGGGUAUGACAAAGAAGGCUCAACAAACGUUAGUGGAAGGAUCAAGACUAACCGGAAGUAAAGGCCCACUUAUUUGGAAAGAGCAACUCCAGCAUCUUAACGAUCCAGCAGCCCAACGACAGCUGCUAGAGCAGGCUGUAGCAGCAUGCAAAACGUGUGAAGAGCUUUGGUUUUUACUGCUGCAAUACCAACCGCCACACGAACAGCUCCACUGGUUGCAGAAAGCUGUAAUGGCCUGUCCUGCAAGCGAAAGUCUUUGGCUUCGUAUAUUAGGUUAUGUUACUGCACCGCGGGAUCAGAGGAAAAUUAUUCGUAAGGCACUUGAGGUUACUCCUACCCUUCCGUCACUUUGGGCAAUGUUGGCGCGGCUAGAGGACUACGAACGUGGGAAGGCUAUUUUCAAUGCCGCGGCUGCAGAGCAUCCGUCAAUGAAAAUCAUUAUUGAGGGUGCGAAGUUUGAGGAGUUUCAUCUCAGGGGUCAGGUAGGCAGUGAAAAAGAGGGAGGCAACGAGCAGUUACAUAAUGCGAAGAUCCACUCACUGGUGCGACAGGCAGCUCAGCGUUUUCUCCUAAUGGACGAAGAAAAAUCGAGAACCGAGUGGCUUGACGCAGCCCGAGUGGCUGUAUCUGAGCGUUACAUAUUAACUUCUGCGUACAUGCUCUUGCACUUCGUUUGUGAUACGGGAGCGGCAACUCUUACUAUCCCGGUUACAUGGCUUGAGGAUUUGGCGGCCCUUGUUCCUGAUAUGUGGAGGGCACAUGAUGUCCUCUGUGCCGCAUGGGCCACAAUGCUCAUUGGCCGUGAUGCCGCAGUAAAAGGGACAAAUGAAGCAGUGACAGAGAAGGACGUGCAAAUUAUAGGAUUUGCUCUCCGCUCAGCACCCUUCACAUCACUAGAGACUGCGGUUUCUGCUGUGACGAGGUACAUUUCUUCGACUACCGUGUCAUACACGAGCAGAGUAGAAGACGGCAUGAAAAAGGAAGGGAUAAAGGAGGAGGAAGAAGAAGAGGAGUUGGGAAGGCCAGUGGCUACCAUCCAGGCAGCGCCGCCAACCUGUUCAACCUCAGCCACCGCCGCUUCGCAGUGUCUUCCGUUGCCGCUUGUAUCGGUACUACUAUAUACGUUGUUCCGUGCUCCCGCGUUCAACACAAUCGAUGUGAUGCUUUCUGUUGCAAAGGUUUUUUAUGACCAUCACUUCUACGACGGGGCACACCGUGUUUUGAUGCUCGCCAUCACGCGGUAUCCGGUGAAUGCGCUUCUUUUUACAGCUGCGGCGAAGACAAAAAUGGCCAUGGGCUGCCGCAAAGGGGCGGAGGAACUCCUUCUGAAAGGGACGGCCAUAGAUCCGUCUGACUCAGAUAUCGCCUGGGUGAAGUUGGCAGUACACCGCCGCAGUAAUCGUGAGGACAUCGUGCCUCUGCUUGAUGAAGCACUUGUUCACUUUCCCACGUCUGAACGGCUGUGGCUUAUGAGAUUGGAGGCUGAAGGAAUGAAAGCGCAGCAGCUGCUGGAGGACGCUAUGGCGCGCGGUUCCAGUACUGCGCCCACUAUCAAUGGACUGCGUAGGGUAUACGGUAAAGCACUAUCGUCAGAGCACUGCCGACUCUCCCCUACCAUAUGGUGCUACGCGGCAGUGAAGCUAGAGUCCAAUUUGUUUAGUGACGCCGGGGCCGCUAGAGCCCUACUCCUGGAGGGGCUUGUCGUGUGCGAAAAAGGGUGCCAACAUCUUCAUCACAAUGGCAGCACAAAACGGGCUGAGGUGCGUGCGACUUUUGGGCUGGCGAGAUGUCAUGUUGAAUUGCGGCAUGCCGGUAGCGAGACGGCCCUUGAAACCGUGAAGGAGGUGCUUCAGCAACUUCCUAAGGUUGACGGCUGCUUUACGGUUUCGGUGGGGGAACUCGUGGCACUUUCCAUUGACUUGGAAAACCCCGCGACGCGAGGGCGUGCAGCUGCUCAGGCAGUGCAACACUGGCGCGUACGUGACCCCCUUGUGUUUUCAUCGGUUGCAAAGUUGUACCACGCAGCAGGAAGGCAUGAAAAAGCACUGGAGCAAGCAAUGAAGGCAGUCCAAAUGAGUAAGGGUCGCUGUGGCGAUGCUGUGGCACUGUGGCUUAAGCUUGCAUCCAUGUUCACCUACAGGAAGAUAGUUAUGGAAAAGAUGGGGCUUACUGUCAAGGAUGAAUCCAAUGAGGAAGAGACUGCCCUUCAAAAUGGCGUGCUGUUGGCAUGGCUGUGGAAACAGUUAGCAAAUGGCAGUUCUGGCGGAACCUCCGGCAGUGAGGCAAUGGAAGACAUGAAAGGGUCCACAGAAUCCGCAACGCACUCUGAACCACCUAAGCCCAAUUCCGGGCCGCUUUGGAUAUAUGUGUCCAAGUCACGGGACCCCAGUAACGUCACAUUGCUAGGUUUCAGAGAUUCUGUAGAGGUUAUGCUUACGCAAGUCGUGGAAAUGAUCAAAUUGUAA